CCGGAGCUCUCUGUCAUGGGCAAGGCGAAGGCCCACGCUGGGCUCCUGGCCCGGAGGCCUGAUAACUCGGCUUUCAAACAUCAGAGACUGCCUGUCUGGUCCCCCAUGCUCACAGCUCACACCGUCCUGCCUUUCUUCUACUGUAUGGCCACUAUAUGUUCUACUGGGAGUGUGCCUAUAUGGGGGAUACAAUCUUCCCAGCUCUGCAGAUUUUGCUGCGAAGAGACAGAAUCAUUAGAUCAUUUGUUUUGGUACUGUCCAUUUGUAGCUUGUUUCUGGACACAGGUCCAGGAAUGGCUGAAGGAUUGCAAUAUUUGCAUGGAGCUGACCCUGCAGAGAGCACUACUGGGUGAUCUGAAAAGUCAUAGUCAAUCGAUCAAUAAUAUAAUAAUACUUUUAGCAAAAAUGGUUAUUUUCAAUUUAUAAUCUGUAGAAACAAUGAGAAUAGAAAGGUUCAGAACUUUUGUAAAACAUCACAGUACAGUUGAAAAAUAUAUGGCAAAUAGAAAUCCAAUAUGGAUGGUGUUAAGAGAUAGAUGGGUGGUGUUGCAUGGAGUUGAAGGAUGGGACUAAUAACAACUAGCAACAACAAGAUAACUAAUGUAAAGCAUACUGUGUCCAUAAUAAGUAUAUAGGUUAUAGGUUGAGAGCAUUUGUGAAAGAGCACAGUUAGAAAGAUAUGGCAUAUAGAAGCAAACCGGAUGGACAUCAUGAAAAUGAUCGGAGAGGUUGAGGGUAGAGGAAGUUCAGGAGUAAAAACAAAAAAAUAGAAUUAUUGUAAAAUUGACUGUAUCCAUGAAAUGUAUAUAGUAUGUAUAAGCUGGAAGUAGAGGCCUAAGCAUUGUUGUUCACUAGUUUACUCCAAUUAGGGAAGGGGUGGUGGGGUUGGAAAGUAAUAAAGGGAAAAAUAUUUUUUUUAAGGAUAUGUAUAUGUGUAUGUGUAUAUAUAUAUAUAUAUAUAUAUAUAUAUAUAUAUAUGCGAGAGAGAAAAAACAUAUGGGGGAUUGGAAGUGAUGCAGACAAUUACAUUGAUGGAAGUUACAAUCUAUCUGCAAUAUUAAAGCUGAUCUACCCCCUAAGAAAAAAAAAAAAAAGAAGAAAAAAGAGAGAGAGAGACAAUGAGAGGGAGAGAGAAGAGUUUAAGGGUAUCCUGAGAAUGAGUGUACAGUAUAACAGGAGGAGUGGCAGUGGCGAACAAGCAUCAAUCUAAAGUUCAUAUAGGUUUUAAUGUUUGCUAUCUCUAUUUCUCUCUCUCACCAUCUCUUCUUUUCUCUCUCCACAGGUGGACUACACACACGCAGGGUCAUGUGAUAAUUGUGUUUUGAGAAGCGUAAAGACAGUGCCAACGCCAACCAGAGCUGCAACUGCACAAUGGUGUUUAACAUUGAAGACACAUUGAAGGUGUGAGUGUGUGUGUUUCUGUCUUGGUGUGGACACUUCGACAAGACCACAAGCUGUCGAACCAAAUCCAAGUCCUUUGAGACGCAUAGUGAUGACGCAUUUCCUGUUUCCUGUCCCAGAGAGACAUGUUCUUCUACAAUGGGCUGAUCAACUUCCACCAGAACAUAUACAUGUACUCCAGGGACGAUGGACAGAUGGUCGGGAGAAAAUGAAAACCUCAAGGUAGCAACUGUUUCUAUCUACUCUAUCUAUCUAUUCCUGUCUGUCUGGCAUUACCCACACUAUGUUAUGAGUCUCUGCUAACAAUGUGACUGCAUGAUAUAUAGGAUUCGGGGGAAAACACCUUUUAAUAUCCAGUGAUAUGAUCAAAUCAAUCUGACAUGAGACCUGAUUUUGAUUAAUUUACUGACUGAUUGAUUUCUUGAUGAGUUUUGUUUGUUUGUCCCAGUCUCCUUGACUCUGACGUAUCACUCAGAAAAGGGGGGUCCGGUGGUCCAUGUUCCUCUGUUCAGGAAGGACAUCACCUGGUACACCGACAAGAAUGUCAAGUUGCUCAACCCACCGGUUGAGAACAAGACACUAACGUUAGCACAGGUGUUUGAAGGUGUGUCUCACAAUACACCCACACAGUGUGUUCAUGGCCAUCUCUAUUAUUAAUAGUUAUGGUGUAAUACCACAUUCUUAUUUAAUAUACAUUUAUAUCACCGCUUCCUCUUACUUGCCUUUCCAAAUGUUGGUAUCACUGUUGUCAAAACUCUGUCCUAGUUGUCUAUGUGUUGUCAGGCACGGCACGGCCUCUGUACUGGCAGAAAGCAAUGUGUGACCUGGACCCCUGGUACCACAACAACAACGGAUUCAUCAAUGAGGACCUGAUCGUGUGGAUGAGGGAGGCUGCCUUCCCCAAUUUCAAGAAGCUCUACGAGGGCUGCCGCCUGGGAACUACAGCGACCAUAUCUCCUACAGUGUCCUUUAUUAUUCAUCUGGUUAUUCAUGCUUUAUUCUACCAGAUUGAUCAUUUUGAGAUUUGAAUCAAUUGAAUUAAAACGGUUUCCCAAUGGCAGGUUCCUAGUGGGGUUAGCUAGUUUCUCAUUGGGUGGAAGUGAAACAGUAGGUUGUGGCUUGAAAUGUUGAUUUUUGUUUAUUUGGUCAGUUAUUAGAACAGUGUGGGUCACAGCACAUCAAGCACAAAAACACCAACAGCUUUUUCCUUUGUCAUCUGUGUGAAGAAGAAAAAAAUCGAAGAACUAACAGUAAGCCUACUGACUAUUUGGAGCCUCUGUGUUUAGAUAUAAGGUGUGUACCGUAUGUGGCUCUGUUUAUCCUUGACCUUUGCAGUGGAGUCCUUCUGGGGCAGAAAGGAAGUGGCACUGUCCAGUCAGCUGGGUCGGGGGUCAGAACAACUUCCUCACCGUAGCCUACCAGAUCACUGACUGUCUCAUCCUGCUCCUCGCUGUAAUCUUUACCGCCAUUUGGUGGAAGUUUGGUAUGAACGGUCAGAACAUGGAGGAGUGA